AAUGAGUUUUAGUUUCGUCGUGACAUUGCUAGAGUUAAGUCGAGGUUUUGCUGCCGCUCGUCGUUCCGUUUUUUUUUGUGUCUGUGUCUGCCUCUUGUUAUUGUACGUUCGCUUUGCGGUGCUGGUUCGCGGUUCGACGGUUGGAAUCGCGUGUGCAAGACGUGUUCGUGCAUGAUCUGUUUGAAGCUGUGGGGCGGUAAUUGCGAUACUGCGGUGUGGAUCGAAGUUUGGUGUACGCGCUGCGGAACGCGGAGCUGUCCCGGGCCUGGAUGAUUGAUGGAUUUUGGAGCCGGUGGGCCGGUGCCCAGGUGGUGUGACUAAACCGAUUACGGAUUACGACUACGCAACGGGUGAUAAGCAGUGGUUGCACGGGGAAGAAAGAUGUGAUAUCAGUGUUCUGCAAGCCGCAGUGAAGACGAGCUUAUCAAAGCAAAUAGUUCAAGUGUACCCAGAGUUCGAGUGUUCCAGCUUAGCGAAGAAAGCUUAUCAGUGCGCUGGCAAAUAUUGGCUCAAGACCACGUCGUGCUGAGUUCUGUUGUGUUUACUGGGAAAAAACUUCCCCUCACUACUUUGUUCCAGUCUCUUAUCAAGCUAACCAGUGCAAACAACAGUGCCUAAAUGCCACCGUCAGUAUGAGUGCAAAACGGUGAGACCAUCCCAAUUGGUUCUCCAAAAAUUGAGUUAUUUCGACGGAGUGAAUAGAGAAGGAAAACAAAAAAAUCAAGUGUGAUAUCAGAAGAUCUCGAUCUAUCAAUCAGUGACGAAGUGAAACAAAAAAGUUCUAAAAUGAGCUCAACCAAAGUGCCGGCGGCCAUUCUGGCCGCGGUCCUGCUGCUGGUGGCCACCACCGUCAGCGGAGCCCACUGGGACCACGCGGUCGACCUGGACGAAAACUACCGGCUGCUGUGGAGCAUCAACAACCAGGACAUCACGUUCGAGGUGCAGGCCCGGACGCUCGGCUACGUCGGGCUAGGUUUCUCCACCGACGGGUCGAUCUACGGCGCCGACGUCGUGAUCGGCUGGGUCGAUAACGGACAGGUUCACUUUCAGGACCGCCACUUCAAGAUGAACAGCAACGGGGAACCGCACGUGGACCCGUCCCAGGACUACGUCCUCCUUCUCGGCUACGAGAACGCCACGCACACGGUGCUGCGGUUCCGGCGCAAGCUGGACACCUGCGACACCAAUCAGGACGUUCCCAUCACGAACGACACCAUCCGGAUCAUCUACAUGUACCACAACCGGGACCCGAAGAACGGCGCCCAGGCCAUCGGCACGCUGCCCGAUCCGGCCGAGGCGUUCAAGGACUCGGUGCCGAUCUUCCUGACGCAGCGCGUCAACCAGGUCCCGAUCGAGCUGGACUCGCGGACGCGCACGCUGGAGCUUCGCAAUAAAGACGUCGAGAUCCCGAUGGGCGACGACAACCUGCGGUGGUGCAAGAUGUUCAAGCUGGACCAGUUCGUGCGGAAGCAGCACAUGAUACGGUACGAACCCGUGAUCGAGUCCCGCUCGAACCUCCCCUUCAUGAAGCACAUCAUCCUGUACGAGUGCCAGGGCUCGACGCCGGAGCUGGAGAUCAUGUCGCGCGAGUUCGGUCGGUCCUGCAUGAAGGCCGAGAAGGAACUGUUCACCUGCAACUCGAUUGUGGCCGCCUGGUCACGUGGAUCGGAGGGCUUCACCUUCCCGCUGGAAGCCGGCUACCCGCUGGACUCGUACCAGGCCCGUUUCUACAUGAUGGAAACGCACUACAUGGGCUUCCAGAGCAACGCCAUCGAGACCCGGCCGCGCAUGGACAACUCCGGCCUCCGUCUGUACUACACGACCACGCUGCGAAAGCACGACGCCGGAGUCCUAUCGGUGGGCAUCCAACCCAACUGGCGCCACAUCAUCGCACCGGGCCAGGAGCGGGUCGUUUCCGAAGGGCACUGCAUCGAAGAGUGCACCCAGCGAGCCUUCCCCCGUCCGGGAAUUAACAUCUUUGCCGUUAUGAUGCAGACAAGCCACAUGGGCAAGCAGGUCCGCCUGCGGCAGAUCCGGUACCGUGAGGAGCUCCCGCCGGUGGCGCACGACCUGAACGUGGACUCGAACUACCAGGAGUUCCGCCGGCUGCACAGUCCGGUCAAGGCGCUGCCCGGCGAUCGGUUGAUCGCGGAGUGCACGUACGAUAGCACCUCGCGGAAGACCAUCGCCCUGGGAGGUUACACCUCCAGGGACGAAACCUGCCUGGUCCUCAGCCUGUACUACCCGCGCCAGAAGGAGCUCACCUCGUGCCACUCGAUUCCUAGUCUACCGACGGUGCUGCACGCCGUCGGGAUCAACGAGCUGGCCCAGGGCGCGAACCCCAUCCGGAUCGCGUCCCCACCGGAAAUCGCCGGCAUGACGCUGGAGGAGCGCCUCCUGUCCUACGACUGGCGGGUCAACUUCAACGCGUUCCAGUACGUGAUACGGAAGGGCGCCUUCAAGCCACUCUGCUGGAGCGCCCGGAACACCCCCAUCCCGGGUACCGACAACAUGGACGCGUACGCCCCGAACCUCACUCGGAUCUGGCGGCCGACGCCAACCUGCGGCGCCCCCGGCCUGCCGGCGUCCAACAGCGUGAACCGGUUCGUCGGCUCGUCGGAGUCAAACGUCCCGAGCUGGACGCUGCUGGAGGACCCCGAGAGCAACAACGUCAUCGAGGGCGCCGCCCGGAGCAAAUCGAUCCGGAGUUCGUCCGGCGUUGCCGCACCCGGGUCGUCCAUCUCGCGGGUGGCCCUGUUCGUGAUCUUCAUCAACACGGUCAGGUUAGGGUGGUACCGGCGGCUGUAAAGCGUGCGCAAGGGUGCUGGACGGAGCAAAGUGUUGUGAUAUAUGACGGGACGGAGAGACCAUAGAAAAUACAAGACUGUGCGUGUGUGAGCGUGAAAACGAAGUGAAAGAGAAUGAGAGAAAGGUAGCAAAAAGAGGAACGGAGGUUAUGUUGUACAGAGAGACGCAGGUAGUUUUGUUCGAUUUCUUCUUCCCUCGAACGGGGGAAAGGGAAUCGCUAGUCAUUUGAGGAACAGAUUCUGUUGCAUAGUAUUUAAAAACGUGUAUUUAAAAGAAACACGCAAGCGAAGAUAGGGCGUAGAGAAACGAAUUAUAGGAGAACGUUCAGACGAAAAUUCAGCACGUGAAACGGUCUAGUAUUAGAAAUCGAAACGUGGACGCCCUUGUGACGGAUCAGGGGCGUUCGGUUUGUUUUUGAAACCUAUUAGUAAACACAUUUGAGCCAGUUGUUAAACGCUGUAAAUUAUGUACAUAAACAUAAAUAGAAGAUGAAAUCGGUGUAUUAUUUUUGUAAAUAAAAAUAGGACUAAUAAUAAAUUGAUGAUAAAAUGAAUUGAAAAAUGAA